AUGGACAAUAUAUAUAAGUUUAAGGCAAGUAGUUCAGUGGGGCAUUUAAAAAGUCUGAAUAAUGAUAAACAAUUCUAUUCAGAAGAGGAAAGUAGUAAGAAAGAGGAAGAGGAAAAGCAAUUGAAGAAGUAAAGCAAGCCUCCUAGUAAGAUGUCUUAAUUCAGUAAAAAUGCUACUGGAUAUUAAACCGAUGAUUCUGACAAAGAGACACCGAAAAAUAAUAAGGUAGGACCCUCAAGUAAGGAUAUAUUGGAUUAUUUUAGGUUAGAAAGUAUCAAAAUUUAGAAAUUUGGUAAAUGCUAAAAAAAUUGAGGGUGACAAUGAUGAUCCGAAUUUCGAUGAUGAUGAUGACAAGCCAACAACCAUUUAAUAAUAGAUUCAGCAUGUUUAAUAGCAAAGUGAAGAUUAAUAUGAUGUGGAACAGUAGGCGAGUAAAAUGCAACAAAAAUACGCUAAGAAUGAGGUUGGGAAGUCUACAAAANAUUCGUGUAUUCUUUACUAAAUUAAAAUUAAGAAUGUUAUUAGAAAAAAUUAUUUAAAAUGUAAUUCCAAAGCUAGAUGA